AUGUGCUCUCGCUUGCUCUACAUACGCCUGAGCCCUCGGAUGCCUGUUGCCUGCCGCCCAAGCCACCGGAGCCCAACACCCUCGUGCCCUUGGUGCCUACAACUUGAAACCAAGUGCCCAGCACCCCAGUGCUUGCGUCUUUCUACUUGGCGCCUAGCACCCAAAUCAUGCACGAUGCCCAGUGCCUGCCACCUAUUACCCAUUGCUCGGUGCCCAGAACCCUCGCCGCACCGACCUGUGUCUCGCCCAAUAUGCCUAAGCCUGUUGCCUCUCCUUUGCAUCGCCAAACUUACUACUCUACUUGGUGCUUGUCUCGCUGCCCAUGGCAUCUAUUGCUUGGCCACCACUCGCGCCCUCACUGGAGGUGCCCAGUGUCGAAUUGCUACCACGACACCGUUGCCUCGUUGUCUAUUGCGCCACCUUCCUAACCGCUGCUCAUGCCCUCGCCCACGACCCCUAGAAUUGGCUCCUAACUUCUCUGACCUAUCUCACUCUUUUCUUUUCACCCCAAAGUGUCUGUUUCCACGCACCAUCGCUCACGUCCUCACACCAGCGUCCAAUACCUUACACCAGCAUCGGUGUCCUCGUGCCAUAGCCCAUGCCCUCGCGAUGCGGCAACUCCAUCGCUCGCACACCCUUGCACUUAACGCCAGCAACGAGGCGCCCUCGGCUAGGCACCCUCGCACCUUGUGCCAAUGUCUGUUUCCUCGCACCAUCGCUCACGUCCUCACACCAGCGUCCAAUACCUUACACCAGCAUCGGUGUCCUCGUGCCAUAGCCCAUGCCCUCGCGAUGCGGCAACUCCAUCGCUCGCACACCCUUGCACUUAACGCCAGCAACGAGGCGCCCUCGGGUUAG